CAAAACUAUGACAACAUGAACACAAACUCACUCAGGCCUUUAAAGUCAUGGACAUGACCUGACUGAGGACAAGAACUAAGUCUUCUCUCUCACGGGAUUAAAGGUUGUAAAAAUGGAAGUGGUCUCCACAUCAGUUGGCAACUUUACCAUUGAUCUUUUCAACAAGCUGAAUGAGAACAACAAAGGAAAAAAUAUUUUCUUCUCCCCUUGGAGCAUAUCAACUGCUCUGGCUCUGACAUACCUGGGAGCAAAAGGAACUACAGCAACUGAGAUGGCAGAGGUCCUUCAUUUCACUGUGGGAGCAGGAGCUGAAGCUUCUUCUUCUGUGGCCAGACCUUCUCGGGGGAGACCAAAGAGAAGAAAAUUGGAUCCUGAGAACAAUCAAGCUGCAGAUAUCCAUUCUGGCUUCAAGAAGCUCCUGACUGCCAUCAACAAACCCAGAAGCACCUACUCCCUGAAAAGUGCCAACCGCAUUUAUGUGGAAAAAACCUUCCUAUUAUUGCCUACAUACAUACAGCUCAGUAAGAACUACUACAAAGCAGAGCCACAAAAGGUUAACUUUAAGACAGCACCAGAACAGACAGGAAAGAAAAUCAACACUUGGGUUGAAAAACAAACUGAGGGAAAAAUCAAGAAUUUGCUGGGUCCACAAGACGUGACAAACUCCACCAAGCUGAUCCUGAUAAAUGCCAUUUACUUCAAGGCAGAAUGGGAAGUGAAAUUUAAGGCAGAAGAUACACAGCUGCAACCCUUCCGACUGAGCAAGAACAAGACCAAGCCUGUAAAGAUGAUGUACAUGAGAAAAACAUUUCCAGUUCUCAUCAUGGAAACAAUGAAUUCCAAAAUGAUUGAGUUGCCAUAUGUGAAACGUGAACUCAGUAUGUUCAUCAUCCUUCCUGAUGACAUCAAAGACAACACUACGGGUCUCGAACAGCUGGAAAGAGAACUGACAUAUGAGAAGCUGUCUGAAUGGACCGAUUCCAAGAAGAUGACCGAGACUCUUGUGGAUCUGUACCUACCUAAAUUCAAAAUGGAAGAGAGAUAUGACCUCAGCGAUAAUCUGAUCAGGAUGGGAAUGCGCAGUGCCUUCAGCAGCAAUGCUGACUUCAGCGGAAUGACAGAGAAGGAUAAAGUGAUGAUCUCCAAAGUUUUCCACAAGUCUUUUGUUGCAGUUGAUGAGAAGGGCACCGAGGCAGCUGCUGCUACUGUUGUCAUUAUAGAACUAGCAAGUGCCCAUGUUAGUCAUGCUCUGAAAUUUAGGGUUGACCACCCUUUCUACUUCUUCAUCAGACACAACAAGUCCAAGAGCAUCCUCUUUUUUGGUAGAUUCUGCUCUCCUCUAGAAUGAAUUAUUACUUACUCUCAGACAGCAACCAAGGUUCACUGUUCAAUGAAAAAAAAUGUGAACUAAGGUACUACAAUCUUUAAGCCAUGUAGCCAUACUGAAGUGCCUGCUCUUUUCCUUCUACCCAACCCCCUCAAAGAAGGCAGCAAACAGAAAACAUCCUGUGUCACCAAAGAACAUCCCUCUACUGCUUCUUUCUAUUGUCCUAACGAGA